UAAGCAGUCUUCUUGCUCUUGUUAUAGUUUCACAAAACCAUGUGAACCCACCUAGCUAGCUCCUGCCCCCACCACCACCACUAUUUCACCACCACCACCACCACCACCUCUCCUUCACUAUAUAUAAACAUAAUUUUCAACAACUCUGCUCAUUCACCUCACUUCAAUUCAAUUCCAUUCCCAAAUGGCUUUUAAAUUCCAUCUUCUUCUUCUUCUUCCCAUCAUCUUCCAACUUCUGUUAACCCUGCAACUAACCAAAGCUCAACACCACUACAACAAUGUCACCAGAUUAUUAAGAGGCAGAAAACAAGUGAGCAGCACUUGUAAUUUAUUCCAAGGCAAAUGGGUCACUGAUUCUUCUUAUCCAUUCUAUGAUUACUCAGUCUGCCCCUUCAUUGACCCGGAAUUUAACUGCCUUAAAUAUGGUCGACCCGAUACUCAGUUUCUCAAAUACUCCUGGCAACCCGAUUCCUGCAACAUUCCCAGGUUUAAUGGAGUGGAUUUUUUGAGGAGAUGGAGAGGGAAGAAGAUAAUGUUUGUGGGUGACUCACUGAGUUUGAACAUGUGGGAAUCGUUGUCCUGCAUGAUACAUGCGUCGGUGCCAAAUCCUAAGAUCAGUUUUGUGAAUAAAGAUUCUGUGCAUUCUGUGACAUUUGAGGACUAUGGAGUAACUGUGUCAAUGUAUCGGACACCAUAUUUAGUCGACAUAGUUAGAGAAAGCGUUGGAAGAGUGUUGAGGCUGGAUUCUAUACAGGGAGGUAAUGCAUGGAAAGGGAUGGAUAUGCUCAUCUUCAAUUCCUGGCACUGGUGGACUCACACCGGAAAAUCUCAACCAUGGGACUAUAUCAGGACCGGAGACGCUUUGUACAAGGAUAUGAAUCGGUUAGAGGCUUUUUACAGAGGGAUGUCCACAUGGGCUAAAUGGGUUGACCUCAAUGUUGAUCCUACCAAAACUAAAGUUUUUUACCAAGGGAUUUCUCCCACCCACUAUGAAGGAAGGGAGUGGAAUCAACCAGCCAAGAAUUGCAACGGAGAAGCAGAGCCACUUUCCGGGUCUACAUAUCCAGGCGGCACACCUCCAGCGGUUGCUGUGAUAAACAAGGUGCUAAGUACAAUAAAGAAACCAGUUUAUCUACUAGACAUAACAACACUCUCACAGUUAAGAAAAGACGCCCAUCCGUCUACUUAUGGUGACGGUUCAGGCACAGACUGUAGCCACUGGUGCCUUCCUGGAUUGCCUGAUACUUGGAACCAACUCUUAUAUGCAGCUCUUGUUAUGUGAAGGUCAAGAUAAAAGAAUUUAGCAUAGUUUUGUCAUUUCUCACAAUUGUAUAUUUUUGAAAAUGCGCAAAUUUGUGAAUUUAAUCCUGUAGGUUGAUAAUAAGGGAGUAGAAUUCAAUUGCAAAGCAAUUGAUCUUCUUGAUCAUAACUUAGAUCGAUGAACCAUAGGGGGAGGAGCAGAUUGAUUUGGUGUGAUUACGCGAGGAAUGUAAACACUUGUUGGGGACUAAACUUAGGCUCGUUCAAUUGAUCAUUGGAUUUGUGUUAAUAUGUGAUUGAUCUUUACAAAUGGUGCAUUGUAAUACUUUUACAUUCAAGUUUAAAGGAUAUUUCAAAGUUUUUAUUCUUAAA